AUGUUAUCGUCUGAUGUUCCUGUUGCAUCCUCAGUGAAAUCUGUUGUAUCCAGUACUCGGUUUGUUCCAACAGAAAGGACACAGUCAGCAGAGAAAACAAUGGUGAGAACUCGUGGUGCCUCCUCCAAGAAGAUCCCUGUUUCUCAAUCCCAAAAGGUGCCAUCUCCUUCGCCUCCUCCGUCUGUGUCAACGGCGCCUCUUUCUGGUCCAUCAGCUCCCACAUCUGUUGGGAAGUCCUGCAAAUCCAAGGCUCGCAAGAAGGUGUUUUCGCUCUCUCAUGAACAUCCUAUGGUGUUUCCAGAUAUCUCUGCUGACAUUGUUGCACCACCAUCUGAAGUGGUGGUGCCCUCUCGAGCCAAGGACCAUUCUCCUCUUCCGUUUGAUUCGUCUUUGGAGGCUAGGGAAAAAUCGAAAUCUGUUUCCUCCUCUUCCAAAGCUGCUGCUGCUGGAUUGCUCAAAUUGCCCUUGAAGCCGAGUCAGUCCAAGAAAAAUUCUGUGACUCCCAAAAGGAAAUUGGGGUUGGACGCGUCUCUUUCUCCUUUGUCUGCUGCCAAGAAAAAAUUGAAGGCUCAUCCCCCUUCAUUGUCCUCCUCCGAAUCUGAUCCUGAGGAAGAUAAGUCCGAAUCUGAAGCAACUCAUGAUACCACAUUGUCUGAUGAAACGGUUCCUGACAUUGCCGAAUCAGAGGCUGAGUCUGAUGAGCCAGAAAAAGAAGACACUAUCCCCUCUGAACAAGAAGCCGAAUCUGACUCAGACCACAUUGCAUCUCCUUUGCCAUCCAAAGCUAAAGGGAAGAAACCUAUUUCUGGUUCUACACCUUCGCCAAACACAGUCAGAAAUUAUGUCUUGAGUGAUCAUCGUCCUUUUGGUGUGCUAACAAUGCUUCAAGAUCGACAAUGGACAGGUUCUUUGGUUAAAUUUUCUGGUUUUGUGGAUAGAAUAGUCAAGGAAUUCUAUGCCAAUAUUACUAAUGAAAUUAUUGAACCUUCAUCUCCUCUGUAUAAUAAAGUGUUUGUUAGGGGCCAUUGGUUCUCUUUUUCUCCUCAAGACAUUGCUCUUGCUUUGUGCCUUCCCCUUACUGUCGAGGAUGAUGUUGAUGGUGCUUCUCUUGACAAGGACAUGGUUAUCACUGAGUUAGUCGGACAAAAAAUGGUAUGGCCAUCUAACACAGUCAUCUCCGUCUCCAAUCUCACCUACACUUAUGCUGUUCUCCAUAAGUUUGCAACAACAAAUUGGAAGCCCACAUCUCACACGGCCACUAUCUCUUUUGAUAUGGCAUCAUUUUUGUACAAAGUGGGGACCGGUCUUGGUUUAAAUUUGGCUUCGGUUAUUCAUGAUCAAAUCAUUGGGUUUCGCAAAGGUAACAGGGAAAACUUGAAUCUUCCUUUUCCUCAAGUUAUUUAUAAAGUGUUGAGUAUGCAGAAAAAAGAUCUCCAACGUGAUCAAGAAGACUUGGUGGCACCCACUACUGCUGCUUCCUACAAGGCCUCUGCCCCUCCUACUGAAGCCACUGCUGCUCCUUCCUCCAAGAAAGUCAAGCCCCAAUCUCUGAAGAUUGCCUCGGAUGACAUUCCUCAUGCCUCCUCCUCUGUUGCCACAGAUUCCGGACUUGUUGCAACAGAAAUAGCUGCUGUCCGAGCCUCUGUUGACUCUUUGACUGCUCGCGUGAUGUCAAUUGAAGGUCUACAACGUUCUGUGUUGGAGGUUGUUCGAUCUCUGUCUAAAGAUCCAGUUGUUUAG